GGACUACUCCAUACAAAUUAAACGAAGCACGACGACAUCCACACGUCGACAAAGUAAGCGGCUACAGUAUAUAGUGUCAGUCCACCACGAUGGCCCCCAAUGGAGAAUCACCGGCCAUGACCGCCGUGGCGCCGCUCCUGGCGACGAUCUUCGGCGGCGAGCACAGGCGGCAGAGGGUCCCGUCGUCCCACGAGCUCCGCAGCUGCGUGGCGGGCGACCACCACCACCACAAGGAAACGGAGCUGGCCAGCCCCGCCGGCGACGACCCGAGGGACGCCGCAGCGCGCCCGCCGGCGGAGGUGGAGGACGCGGAGUGCGAGUGCUGCGGCAUGUCGGAGGAGUGCACCCCGUCGUACAUCGCCGCGGUGCGCCGCCGCUUCUCGGGGCGCUGGGUGUGCGGCCUGUGCGCCGAGGCCGUGGCCGAGGAGGCCGCCAAGAACGGCGGCGACCGCGCGGCCGCGCUGGCGGCGCACAUGGCCGUCUGCCGCCGCUUCAACGGCUUCGGGAGGACGCACCCGGCGCUCUUCCAGGCCGGCGCCGUGAUCGGCAUCGUCAGGAAGCUCUCCGGGUCGCCGGGCCCAAGGUCGCCCAAGUCUAGCGCUGCUGGCACGAGGCCGGUCGUCAUCAGUGACGGCGCCGUCGACGGCAGCUCCGGCUGCAGGUCGCUCGUGGCCGGCGUACGCAACGGUCAGGUGGUCACCAACUAGAUCGCUGGCUGAAUAGCUCCGUUUGCGAAUUCAGGGUUUAUAUAGGUAGGUACACCAUGUGGCAUGAUUGAUUUGUUUCCAGGUGCAGUGCCUGUUGGAUGGGCUUUUGUUUACUUCUUUCAGCUCUUU